AUGGCAGCGACGACUCUUUCCAUCGCAACCUCAAUCCGUUCCUCAUCUUCUCCCACUCUCGCCUCCGCCCAUUGCUUUCCUUCCCGACCCACCGCUGUCGAAUUCCCGGCUCGCUUUGGCGCUUCCUCUUCCACGCUCAGCCACCGAGCAAUCAACCUCCGUCCCAUCGCCGCCGUCGAAGCUCCGGAGAAAAUCGAGAAGAUUGGAUCCGAGAUCUCGUCCCUGACCCUCGAAGAAGCCCGCAUCCUCGUCGAUUACCUUCAGGACAAGUUCGGCGUCUCGCCACUCUCUCUAGCUCCCGCUGCGGCGGCUGUAGCUGCUCCGGGCGACGGUGCUGGUGCGGCGGCUGUAGUGGAGGAGCAGACCGAAUUCGAUGUGGUCAUCAACGAAGUGCCCAGCAGUUCGCGUAUUUCAGUGAUUAAAGCGGUAAGGGCUUUGACUAGCUUGGCCUUGAAGGAGGCUAAAGAGCUCAUCGAAGGCUUGCCCAAGAAGUUCAAGGAAGGCGUGACGAAGGAUGAAGCUGAAGAAGCCAAGAAGCAGCUUGAAGAAGCUGGUGCUAAGGUUUCCAUUGCUUAA